AUGUCUUCGUGUGAGGAUGGUUUGACAGGCAGUGCUUGGGGCGACUGGGCCAACUACACCGCCUCUCCGCUGCGCGCCUUCGAGAAUGAGCUCGGCGUCCAGGAUCCUGUCGGUUUUUGGGAUCCCGCCGGUUUCACGGCCGACGGAAGCGUGGAGGACUUCAAGCGUCGCCGCCAGACUGAGAUCAAGCACGGCCGCAUCGCGAUGCUCGCGGCAAUGGGAUACAUUACCCCUGAGAUCACUGGCAAGUUCCCUGGUUAUCUUUCCCCAUCAGCAGGCUUGAAAUUCGCCGAUGUCCCCAAUGGCUUGGCCGCAAUUUCCAAGGUUCCUGCCGCAGGCUGGGGUCAGAUCUUGGCGUACAUGGCAUUCUGCGAGGUCUCCCAGGAUCAGUCUGCCGGAACUCCUGCCGCAGCCGGUGACUUCGGCUUCAAGGUCUUGACAUCCAGCGACCCCGCUGAGAAGACUAAGAAGUUGUCGGCGGAGUUGGCCAACGGAAGGCUUGCGAUGAUGGCCAUCAUCGGCAUGUUCUUUCAGGAUGGCUUGACCGGCAGUGCAUGGGGUGACUGGGCCAACUACACCGCCUCCCCGCUGCGUGCCUUCGAGAGCGAGCUCGGUGUUCAGGAUCCGGUCGGCUUUUGGGAUCCUGUCGGCUUCACAUCGGACGGUGAUGUUUCUUCAUUCAAGCGCCGCCGUUCCGUUGAGCUCAAGCACGGCCGCAUCUCGAUGAUGGCUGCCAUGGGCUACAUCACUCCAGAGGUCACGGGAAAACUGCCGGGAUUUCUGUCCCCAUCAGCGGGCUUGAAGUUUGCCGACGUUCCCAACGGCCUUGCGGCAAUUUCCAAGGUUCCCGUGGGUGGUUGGGCCCAGAUUGCCGCUUAUUUCGGCUUCGUUGAGUUCAGCGGCGGCUUCGAUGAUUACAAGACGGGCACUCCUGGCGAUUAUGGCUUCAAGGUGCUGACGUCCUCGGACCCUGAUGAGAAGACUAAGAAGUUGUCAGCGGAGUUGGCCAACGGAAGGCUUGCGAUGAUGGCCACCAUGGGCAUGUUCUUUCAGGAUGGCUUGACCGGCAGUGCAUGGGGUGACUGGGCCAACUACACCGCCUCCCCGCUGCGUGCCUUCGAGAGCGAGCUCGGUGUUCAGGAUCCGGUCGGCUUUUGGGAUCCUGUCGGCUUCACAUCGGACGGUGAUGUUUCUUCAUUCAAGCGCCGCCGUUCCGUUGAGCUCAAGCACGGCCGCAUCUCGAUGAUGGCUGCCAUGGGCUACAUCACUCCAGAGGUCACGGGAAAACUGCCGGGAUUUCUGUCCCCAUCAGCGGGCUUGAAGUUUGCCGACGUUCCCAACGGUCUUGCGGCAAUUUCCAAGGUUCCCGUGGGUGGUUGGGCCCAGAUUGCCGCUUAUUUCGGCUUCGUUGAGUUCAGCGGCGGCUUCGAUGAUUACAAGACGGGCACUCCUGGCGAUUAUGGCUUCAAGGUGCUGACGUCCUCGGACCCUGAUGAGAAGACUAAGAAGUUGUCAGCGGAGUUGGCCAACGGAAGGCUUGCGAUGAUGGCCACCAUGGGCAUGUUCUUUCAGGACGGUUUGACCGGCAGCGCCUGGGGCGACUGGGCCGCCUACACGGCGUCGCCGCUCCGAGCCGAGCCCGUGUCCGCAGCCGCGGCUGCCGCAGCAGCCAAGGCCGCAGCAGCCAAGGCCGGCGCGAGCGCGGGAGCGAAGACCGCCGCGGCCACCACGGGCAUCGGUGCCGGCACCGGCAAGUCCCUGAGCGGUGAGGGCGAGGAGGUCCCCCCCGAGCCCACUUUCGACCCGGCCACCGAGGUGGGCGUGACCGAGCCCUUCGGAUACUUCGACCCGGCUGGCUUCUGCAAGAAGGGCGACAAGGCCGGCUUCCGCAACUUGCGAGCGGCCGAGAUUAAGCAUGGCAGGGUUGCGAUGAUGGCCGCGGUGGGUGCCGUCGUUCAGCACUACGUGAAGUUCCCGGGCUUCGACAGCGUGCCUGCCGGACUCGGCGCCGUGGAGGUCCCGCCGGGCACCUACGGCUUCGCGGCGCUCUUCGCGGUCUCGGGCUUGCUGGAGCUGGGCGCCUGGACUGAGGACCCCUCCAAGGAGCCGGGCAACUUCGGCGACCCCGCGGGCCUGGGCCAGUACACGCUGGAGAUGCGCAACCGCGAGAUCAACAACGGCCGCAUGGCCAUGUUCGCAGCCAUCGGCAUCAUCGCCGCCAACGUCUACACGGGCAAGGACGCCAUCGAGCAGUUCGGCCUUGCGUGA